AUGGAGUAUUCAAUAGAAAAGCGAAAUGAUGUUACAUGCAGCAACUGUCUGUCUCAAAGGUACUGUAGAAAUAAAAACUUAAAUUGUACACUGAUUAAUGAGACAAAGACUAUUGGCCUCUGGUCUCAGAGGACUUCAGCAAGAGUAGAAAUGCUGCCAUCUCCCAUUCUACUGAACUGUUUUGUUCUUAGGGGCCUCAAAAGAGGAGGAAAGAGAGACAACAAAAAAGACAUUUAUAUUUGGCAUAUGCCAAGCUCUGACCCAGUAAUUAAGGAAAAUCAGACCCUCUGCACCAAGUUCUCCUUUGUGGCUUUCUCCUCUCUAGGUGAGCUACAUGUACCCAUGCUCUUUGUGGUAUUCUUAGCCAUAUACACAUUCACUGUGUUAGGAAACCUGGUGAUCAUCUGCCUGAUCUGUGUGAGCCCUACCCUCCACACUCCCAUGUAUUUCUUCCUGGUAAAUCUAUCCUUCCUGGAGAUGUGCUAUAUCACCAGUGUGGUGCCUCAGAUGCUGGUGCACCUGUUGGUGGAGCCCAAGACAAUGAGUGUGACAUGUUGUGCAGCUCAGAUGUGUGUCUUCACCAUCCUGGGGUUGACAGAGUGCUGCCUGCUGGCAGCCAUGGCUUAUGAUCGCUUUGUUGCUAUCUGCUACCCAUUACACUACACAUUAUUGAUGAGCCAUUGGGUCUGCUUGCAAUGGGCUGCAGCGUCCUGGACAACAGGAGUGGUUGUGGAGUCAGCACAGACCACCUGGAUCUUCACUCUCCCCUUCUGUGGCACAGGACAAAUCCAGCACUUUUUUUGUGACAUCAUGCCUGUGGUGCAGCUGGCCUGUGUGGAUACCUCCCACAAUGAGAUUGUGUUGUUUUCUGUUUCCGUGCUCUUUAUUAUGAGCCCCUGUCUGCUCAUUCUCUGCUCCUAUGCCCGCAUUCUCAUGGCCAUUCUGAGAAUGCCCUCUGCUGCUGGCAGGCACAAAGCUUUCUCUACUUAUUCCUCCCUCCUCCUGGUUGUCUCUCUCUUUUAUGGCACAGCCCUCUUUACUUACCUUCAACUUAAGGCUGCCCAUACUCCAGACACAGACAAAGCAACUGCCCUCAAGUACACAGUAGUCACCCCUGCACUCAAUCCAGUCAUUUAUACUCUAAGAAACAAAGAAGUGAAAGGAGCCUUGUGGAGAAUAGCUAGGAGGUACCCCCUUAGCCAAGCUGUCUAA